CUUGUUUUUAUAUUGUGAGUAGAAACAAAAGCCGCACUCCAUUUAGAUAGGUAUUACGGCGCAUGCUCCAACUGCUUCGACUCUUCAAUCGAUACCUCGACCGGAGAGUUAGGGGCGACUAUAUAGCGUCGAAAUUUUUUUUGGUGUUGUUUUUUGGACUAAUAGGAGUGUGUGUUUGACUAAAAUAUAUUUCCGUGUGUGUGAAGUGGCGGUGGCGGAGAGCGAGGGUUCAGGAGUGGCGGGAGGCGUCGGCCUCACCGUGAGUAGCAAGGUAUAUCCGAGUCCGGGGGCGGCGCGCGGCGUGUGGGCGCUGCCGCAGCCGCCCCCUUGCACCAUGGCAGCGGAAGAAUCUCUACCACCAUGUUCGCCGAUGUCGCCAGACACGCCUGCAGCCCAACCUCGCAUUACCACUAACCUAAGUCACCAUUCAGACUUUCACCAACUGAUUUUUGAGGCUGUCCGAUCUGGAGAAGUAACUGAAAUCGAACGGUUAGUAGAAAAGCUCGGUGUUGAAAUUCUAAGUGCUCGCGACCAACAUGGCUACACUCCAGCACACUGGGCGGCUCUGGAUGGAAGUGUAGCUGUUAUGAGAUACCUAGUAGAGAGGGGCGCACCGCUCGAUCUGUCUUGUUUAGGCACUCAGGGCCCACGUCCAAUUCACUGGGCGUGCCGAAAGGGACACGCAUCAGUAGUACAAGUACUACUUCAAUCGGGAGUAGCUGUCAACGCCGCAGAUUUCAAAGGUUUGACUCCCCUGAUGACAGCCUGUAUGUAUGGUAAGACGGCUACUGCGGCAUAUCUGCUCGGGAUGGGCGCUGCGACCCGAUUGUCCGACAUCAACGGUGACACGGCAUUGCAUUGGGCUGCAUACAAGGGUCAUGCGGAUUUAGUUCGCUUGCUCAUUUACUCUGGCGUUCCACUACACUGUACGGAUAAUUUUGGAUCAACUCCAUUGCAUCUAGCUUGCCUGUCAGGCAACCUAACGUGCGUUAGACUGCUUUGUGAAAAGGUCAAAGCUGAGUUGGAGCCUCGGGAUAAGAAUGGAAAGACUCCUCUGAUGCUGGCCCAGAGUCACCGUCACGCUGAAGUCGUUAAGCUAUUGCAGAAAGAGAUGAAACGUAAAUCUCACUGGAUGCCGCCUCUGUCUGAGCUCUGGGCGCUCCUUUUCGGUGGAGCUGGAGACUCUAAAGGACCUCUGUUAUUUUUCUUAAUCUCAGUUCUUUUGUGGGGUUAUCCUAUGUAUAUUAUUAGGUGUAUGCCCUUAACAUGGAACACCCUGCGUCUCUCGCACUACUGCUUCUUGUACUGGAACGUUAUAAUGUGGCUGAGCUGGGUGAUUGCCAAUCGAAGAGACCCUGGCUACAUUCCUCAGAAUUCGGAGACAUAUUACAGAGCCAUUCGGCAAAUACCCUAUUAUGAUAAAUGGAAGAAGAGAAAUGCUAUUCUAUCUCGCCUGUGUCACACCUGCCGAUGUCUAAGACCACUUAGGGCUAAACACUGUCGCAUCUGCAAACGCUGCGUGGCGUACUUCGACCACCACUGCCCAUUUAUAUACAACUGUAUCGGCGUACGAAACCGCAUGUGGUUCUUUCUGUUCGUCAUGAGCGUGGCAAUCAACUGCACACUCUCUAUAUACUUCGCGUGCUACUGCCUGCUUCUAGAAGGAUUCGGUGUCCUCUACUUGCUUGGCUUGUUAGAAGCCAUUACAUUCUGUGCGCUGGGCUGGAUUCUGACAUGUACUUCGGUCCUACACGCGUGUAUGAACUUGACCACAAACGAAAUGUUCAAUUACAAACGGUAUCCUUAUUUACGGGAUAAGAGAGGUCGUUAUCAGAACCCAUUUUCAAGAGGUCCAAUCAUGAAUUUGAUUGAAUUCUUCGUCUGCCUGCCGGACAAGUGCGACGAACAAGAUCUGUUUUACGAAGAAAACAUAUGAUGCGAGACUAUAUGACAGAGUGACGUAAGCACGACGAAAAAGUCGCGUGACGUUGUCGUGUGGUCGAGUCCUUUGCGGUCUAAGAGUGGUAAAGUUAAAUCUGAACUGCGUUAUAACUUACAAACUAAUGUUUCUUUAUAAAACACGUGUUAAGGCCCUAAUGCUUUUAUAGAUAGCACUUAAUAUAAAUGCAUAAUGCGCGUAGCGUAUUUGAUUAUAAAAAUAUAAAUUGUGACUAAUACAAACGUCUCGAAAGUAUGUUGCUUGGAGCUAAAACUACCAUUGAUCGCAUAAUUGUAUUAACACAUGAUUCCUAAGUCUAACGAAUCGUUUUUGUUCAUCGAUAAUCGUUUUUGAGUUACGAAUUGCGACCUGUUAAAAUUUCCCUUAUACGUUUUCGCAUUACUAUACACGCGACUUCGAAAGUUACGAAACUUUUUUUAUUGGAACUCUUUUGAAUUACGUCUCGUUGACAAUUCUUCCACCCGUAUGGGAAACGAAUCGUUUCAUGAAGUAUUCCAUCAGAAAUUAUUCGUGCUUAUUAUAAGGAUCAUAUUAUGUCAUUUGUUAAGCAUUUCUUCGUCUGUAUUUUUCUUUGUAUAAAACUAGUCCAAAGAAUAAAGGCGAUAUUAUUCUACAUCAAUAAGUCGCAUAGUGUUAUUGUGUAUUUAUGUAAAUUUAUUGUAUGAAAUUGUCAAUACGUUCUACGCCGAGCACUGUUAUCGGCCAAUUUAUCAGACGACCAACAAUACUGGCUAUUCUGAACAUCAUCUGGAAAUAUUUACAAAAGAUUCGUAUUCAAAAUUCGUGCAAAUAUCAUUAUUAUUAAGUACUUAAUAGUUUUAGAUUGUUAAUGAUUGUUGACAUCUAAGAAUGUUUCUUAAAAAAAGUCAUAAAACAUUUGAAUUAGUUUAGCACAGAUAAAUAAUUAAUUGAACACGUCAAAAAUUACUUUCAAACUUGAGUUCAUCAUCAUUGAGCACACCAAUCAUUUUUUUCUUAAGUAUAAAUAAUGAUUGCCUAUUGCCACGAUUUGCAAAUUACAAGUUGGUAGCAUAUUAUAAGCUACGGUUUGUCUUACGUUUUUUCAUAUGCAAUAAUUCAAUUAACGGAACGGUAAGAAAAUUAACACAUUAAGUAUAACAUGACUAACUUAUUCAAUCUUCUGUUUUAAAUAUGCUUUAUACUUAAAACGGGUAUGCUUACAAGUAUACCAGGCAAAAUGUACCUAAUAAUAAUUUAUCAUUGGAUGUUACACUAUAAAAGUAGAAUUUAGAGGAUCGCUUCGAGGUAAUUCUAUGUAAGUGUAAAAUUGUACUCACGAACACGUAAAAAACGAAUUACCCGCUGACCUUUGCCGUGUCUGAUGCAAUUCCGAACUGGUGAUCGAUUAUUUUUCAUAAUCGAUCACCAGUUCGGAAAUGCAUACUCUUAAGACUUUGACUUGAUAAUAGGCAUAAGUUUAGGUAAUAAUAUUAAAAUUAAACCCUGUUCCAUAAGCUUGAUGAGUUAUUAGUUAUUUAUUAAAUAAUUACGAAGUAAAACUCGGUGCUUUCAAUAUCUCGAAAAUUAAUUAUAUAUAACAUUAUGCGAGAUAAUAUUAUAAAUAAAACAACAUUGUUCGUAUUGCAAUUAUAUUUUAGAACAAUAAGGGCUGGGGUUUUCUUAGUUCCGACAUAAUUAACACUUAUUAGAACUGUGACGCUUCCUUCACUCGGCGUGCAAUUUACGUAACACGGCAUGCGGCACAACUCGAUUGAAAAUAUUUAAACAAGUCGCUUAGUAUAUUUAGCGCACCGUUUGAAGCAAGCAACACUGAAGAUACUAUGGGAUAACAGAUACAACAUCUACUUAUAUUUUAAUUCAUAAUUUUAUGCAAUUUGUGCAUUUAAAUGAAAAAUAAAUAUUAAACAUAAAAUUUCAUUACGA